AUUUCCCACAUCUAAUUGUAAUUACCGCGCGUUUGCUUGCCGCAUUUUUGUUAGCAUUAUAAGUUAAGUUGAAUGUUUAUAACGAGAAAUAAUGGCGGCCCUGAGCAACCUUAAACAGUGUCCUCCUUUUUCUACGCUGCCGGAUUUGGCGCUGCGACACAAUCACAUUCCGGAGCUGGAGCGCUAUCCCCAGAUAAACCUGAAAAGCGAACUUCAGGCCAAUCCGGCUGGCCAAAGAUUUUAUGGCGGCCAGAGCUUUGUGCCAGUGGAUGAAGGCGUUCUUAAGCGGAUCACCCGUACCUUCUUUGAUGGCGGAUUCUGGGAGUCACUGGAGGAGGCGCGGAGCACAAAGAGCCGCGAGCAGGCUCCGCUGAUUGCCCAGGCAGGGGACUUCAUUGCCCGUAUUCUGGGUCUGGCAACCGGCUUGAGACUGAGGAUUCUUCCGCAUACACAGGAACUUAGUGGAGAGCGGAUUGCACAGUUCGCUGAAACCAGGGAUUGGCUUAACAGCGACGUGCGAUUCCUUGCUUGGAACUGUCACUUCUUCAGCCUGGCCGUGGCUGGUGUGGAUGAUGUGGUGCGCAUUUACUUUAAGAACUCAAACACCGCCACCGCAACCAUUCUAAAGAGCCCCAAUCAAACGGAGAUCACUUGUAUGGCGUGGCGGCCGCUCUGCGCCGCAGAGAUCGUGAUUGGAUGUCGGCAGGGACUUUGUUUCUGGGAAGUGGACAGUAGUCUGCAUCUGGGUCGUACCAAUGCGCCCUCCAAAGUCUUCAAACACCCCGACAAUCUUCCAAUUACUUCGAUGCAGUGGAACAAGGACGGCGUUCAGUUGGCCACCGCCUCCAUUGGUGAUCGUGCCAUCAUUAUCUGGCAACCGGACAAUGGAUUGAUGCAACCUCUUAGACGUCUGGGUCCGCCGGGAUCGGUGCUUAAAUGGUCGCCGAAUAAUGACUGGCUUUUUGCGGCCACCGUGGAUCGGGUAUUCCGUGUAUGGAACUGCCAUCAUCAGUGGUCCACCGAGCGUUGGGUGUGUGGUCCUGGAGGCUAUGUGCAAACAGCCUGUUGGUCACCAUGUGGUCGUUUCCUGCUUUUCGUUAGCAGCGCAGAACCGAUUCUCUAUCGCCUGCAGUUUGUGCAACAAAGUCUGCUUUCGUCUUCGGCGGAUGAAAAGGAAAUUCUUCCUAUUGCUGAUCUAAAUGCCUGCAGCAUCGAUGCAAAUCGCACGCUGAUCGGUGGUCCCGCCCAGCAGUUGGCAUGGGAUCCACAUGGAAACUACCUCGUGAUUACAUUUAAGUCGACCAACUGCAUUGCUGUAUUCCGCACCUUUAUUCAGAAAUUUGACCUCCAAAUAUCGGCGGCAUAUUAUCUGAGCGGGGAGACGCCGGCGGAGCAUCCCAGCUUCAUUUGCUUCCAGCCACUUUACAAGGAUAACGAUCGUUCCGUACUGACAAUCGCCUGGUCGUCAGGUCGCAUCCAGUACUAUGCCUUCGACUGAUUUUAAGCUUAAUGUUUUUUUUUUGUAUAUUUUAUUUCAUUUGGUUUUUGUAAGCGUUAAUACACAAUUAAACAGGGUAAA